CCGGAAGUAUGUUUUUAUACGUCGGAACUUGUUCAUAGCCGCUGCACCGUGGGUAUGUAGCUGGCUGUUUGUGCAGGAGAACAUCGAUGUAGUUCAUGCUGGGAUAGCAUUUAUUCAUUCGAUUAAAUAUGGUAAUGUGAUGCUGUUUGUUUACCGACCAGGAACUAGAUGCUUAGUCGUAUAGGCAAAUUAACACAUCUCGAGACAGAGAAACUAAGACUGGUUAACUAGUGCUAGCUGGCUAAUAUUGUGGCUGCUCCUGGUUGUGGGUAGCAAGCCCGCUAGCUGCAUCGCGGAGGAACUAUUUCAUAUUUAAAACAGUCAGACUGUUGAAAUCGCGCACAAAGAAUCGGUGCUUAUUUAAACGAAGGUCUAAGUUGUGACUGACUGAUCGUGUUUUUGUUUCGAACAAAUGUCGCCAGUCAUAACAUUGCCUACUAGGUAGCUAACUGCGUUAGCUUAUAAAAGAACAAUCAACGCCAUUUUCGCCCCCACGUCGUUUGUUUGUGUUGCUUGCCAUCUAACGUGCUAGUCUAUAAAGCUAACGUGGCACUUGUUGCUGAAUUUUUUAAAACCUAGUUAUUCACCAUCUGUCUGUAUUCAGACUACAAAUUAACUAGUAAUCGUUAAAAGACAUUUCGCGAGUUAUUUGUUCAACAACUCUUGGGCGGAAAAAUGGACGAUUUCAGUUCAAUCAGUCUGUUUUCCCUGGCAAUGUUGGUGGGAUGUUAUGUGGCUGGAACCAUUCCUUUGGCCGUCAAUUUUUCAGAGGACAAGCUGAAGCUGGUGACAGUGCUUGGGGCAGGGCUGCUAUGUGGCACUGCUCUGGCUGUCAUUAUCCCCGAGGGAGUCCAUUCACUUUAUGAAGAGGUGCUAGAGGGAGGACACUCGGCCCACACGCUGAGCGAGGGGCCGGCCGGCCUGGAGCCGAAGGCCGCUGCGGACGAGUCGGUGGUCGCCGGUGGCGACCAUGCCCACAGCCACGAGCAGCUGCAUGCCUACAUCGGGGUGUCGCUCGUCCUGGGGUUCGUCUUCAUGCUGCUCGUGGACCAGAUCGGAAGCUCCCACGUGCACAGCACAGAAGACCCAGAGUCCGGGAGGGCAGGGACCUCAAAGAUCACCACUACCCUGGGCCUGGUGGUCCACGCUGCUGCUGAUGGGGUGGCACUCGGUGCUGCAGCCUCCACUUCCCAAACCAGCGUCCAGCUCAUCGUCUUUGUGGCCAUCAUGUUACACAAGGCCCCAGCGGCGUUCGGCCUGGUCUCUUUCCUGAUGCAUGCUGGGCUGGAGAGGAACCGUAUCCGCAAGCACCUGCUGGUGUUUGCCCUGGCCGCCCCCGUUCUUGCCAUGCUCACCUUCCUGGGCCUCAGUCAGAGCAGUAAGGAGGCCCUGUCGGAGGUGAACGCCACGGGAGUGGCCAUGCUCUUCUCAGCCGGGACCUUCCUGUACGUGGCCACGGUUCACGUCCUGCCUGAGGUGGGCGGGAUCGGCCAUAGCCACGCCCCCAGCGGAGGAAGUGGCGGGAAGGGACUGAGCAAGGUGGAGGUGGGGGCCCUGGUGCUGGGCUGCCUCAUCCCGCUGGUGCUGUCCAUCGGACACCAACACUAGGGGGGCGCCCUGGAGCCGGCAGUGAUGGCAAGGGGCUUUCAAGAUGGCGGCGAAGAAACUCAAACCACACAGAUUUAGAACGUUUGUUGCUCCUCAGUGGGAUCACGUGAUUUGUCGAAUUUGUCCUCGUGGUUCCGGGACCCUGAUUGCGACUGGAACCAAAAUCCCCUGCCCCGCCUCCUCUGGGAGAGCGUAGGGAGAGGGGGAGGUGGGGGCGGCAGAGCUCAGUUUGUUUCCGUGCAUGAAUAAAGACCCACGCGUGUGUGCACACGGUUGACGUGAGGGAGUGUCUUCUCUUCAUGAGGAGGGACGAGUAACUGCUUUUACCUUUUAACUUUAAUUAAAUGCUUUCACGGGGAACUCGGGGUUAGCUUGCUGAAGUAUCAGUGGUGUAGAUUCCCCUUCUGUUAUGGUCUGAGGAUCAUGGUUAUGUCAGUGAAAGUUUAGAUUUUGGAUUCUUGGGGGGAAAUUUUUUUUUACGUUAAUAGCAAACAACUGAAAAACAAUGGGAGUGCCAACAAUGGUGAGGUGAUCAUAGAAAAUGGCAGAUAUCCCAUUUAAUUUAACAGCUUUAGUGUUUUUCUUUUAGUGGCUCAGAGCUUGAAAUGAACAAAUUACAGAGAUUUCUGUACGCCAAGGAAUCCGAUGGAAGCUCCACCCAACAUGCGUUUCUGAAGGUUUGAUUGCCGUUUCUUUAAAAAAAAAAAAAAAAAAAAACUGUAGUGUAAAUACAGUACCUCCCAUUUAACUGAUUGUACCAUUAAACAAGAAAAAAUCCAAAUCUCAGAUCCCUUCAGAUGAAGUCAGAUUUCCAAAUGAAUGUUUUCCUGAGGAUAACUAUCUCUUCUCCUCUCUGCAUCAUUACUGCUGUGGACUUUGGCCUGUCAACGUGGUUAAUCCACCAGGACAUCUUUCUGUCGUGUUUCCUGUGCUCUUAAUAUACGGUACCAUGUCAUGAUUUUAGCUUUAUCUUCUGUCGAAGAUCCGGAGUUGCCAAAAUGUUGCCCAUUUUCCUGGUCAGGGAGCCAUACCUGACCAUUGCUCUAGUUCUCCUCAACAAAGCAAAGGAGAUCUCAUGUAGUCAGCUGUACACCGACAUGAAAUAAGUAGACUUUAACCAGUAUGCUGAAGUACUAAUGUACUGUAUCUUUUUAAGAAUUAUGUUUGUUGUGGACAAGGAGGGAGGACAUUAAUUUGAUUUCUUUAAUAUGUAUUUUUUUUAAAUUGAGGGACCAGUAUGGGGAUGUUUUAGAUUUAAAAUGAAGAGGUGGCACCUGCCGCUCCACAUACCUUUGAUCUUUGAUUCCUCCAUGGAAACGGCGGGUUUUACUGGGCGUGGCUUCACGUUAAGGCAGCGAGCUGGCGGCUGACGGCUUUUGAAGAUGCGGAAAACAAAAAAAAAAAAAAAAAAAAAAAAACCUCCCUUUCAGCCUCAGAAACCAGCGAGUGCAGUUGCUAACGGUUUCCCGCUAGCGAAUUCCAGGGGGCUUUGUCCUAUUAAUAUAUUAUUAUAUUAGCUGUUGUUAAUUUUUUAAUUUUUAAUUUUUCUUCGUCAGAUGUAAGCAAUAAUCCUGUGACACUUACAGCACAGUGGAGUCUGUGAAAGGCAGUGAAGUAGUAGCGUGAUGUCCGUGGGUGAACGGGCCGAAGGCUUUGUGUGGUGGUGUUCAGUGAGGGCUGUGGUGGAUAGGUGUGUGUGUGUGUGUGUGUGUGUGUGUGUGUAGGCCCUGCUUUGAGCGGAGCUGCUGUAUAUUCUGUACAUAGAAAUCUUUUUUUUUUCCCCACACAAUCAAGUGCUCUCAGCUCUAGGCCUGUGUUGAAUCGCCCCCCUGGCGCUGUGUGUGAGGAUUUAAUCAAACGUGCGUCGGUGAGGGGUGGGGUGGGGUGGGGUGGGGUGGAUGGGAGGAACGGUGUGAUUUACAGUAACUUUUAUUAUUAGUCAAAGCUAAAGGCCAGUGUUGUACAGGGGUAGUGUUGUUUAUUUUCAUGAUGAUACCUUUAAAAAAAAAAAAAAAAAAA